AUGACGAAGCCUAUCUUUGUGGCUACGCACCCGCGAGCAUGCUCAACGGCCUUUGAGCGUGUCUUCAUGACUCAGCGUGACACCAUUCAAUGUGUUCACGAGCCGUUCGGCGAUGCAUUCUACUACGGCCCGGAGCGCCUCUCCGGCCGAUUCGCAGGCGAUGAACAAGCCCGUCUCGACAGUGGAUUCGCCAACUCUACAUAUAGUACCGUGAUGGAUAGACUUGACCGGGAAGCUACACAGGGAAAGAGAGUUUUCAUCAAGGACAUCGACCACUACCUGCUUCCGCCCAGCGGAAAGCCGGCUAGUCCCGCUCCGUCUCUUCUGCGUGUUAAGCGCGGCGUCGGGACCAACGGCGAGCAUUCAAAUGGUGUGAACGGCGUCAACGGCCAUGCCAAUGGUCACGCCAAUGGACACACCAACGGGGUCAACGGAACCUCGAACCGCAUCAAUGGUAGCCACGCCAACGGUGUCAAUGGCCACACCAAUGGCCACACCAACGGGCACACCAACGGUGCCAACGGCCACAGUAAUGGUGUUAACGGUGAGACCAACGGAGCUCACAAGGAGCCCUACCCAUAUGACACUCCAACCGAGCCAGGUAACCCAACUGUGAUGCCCCGUGAAAUCCAGGAGCAGUUCCACUGGGCCUUCCUGAUCCGCGACCCGCACUACAGCGUGCCGUCGUACCUGCGGUGCACAAUCCCACCCCUGGACGACGUGACUGGGUUCCACAACUACGACCCUCGGGAGGCCGGGUAUGACGAGCUUCGUCGGCACUUCGACUACCUCCGUGAGACCAAGCUUGUUGGGCCCCGUGUAGCAACCCGCCCUGAGCUGUCAGAGUCAGAUGCCGAGACCAAGGGCGUUGAGAUCUGUGUCAUUGAUGCGGAUGAUAUGCUCGACGAGCCGGCCAAGACCAUGGAGGCUUUCUGUAACAGUGUUGGUUUGCCGUACAACCCAGACAUGCUGCUCUGGGAUACCGAGGAGGACCAUGCCGUUGCCAGGAAUGCGUUUGAGAAAUGGCGUGGCUUCCAUAAUGACGCUAUUGAGUCCAAGGCUUUGGAGCAGCGCGUUCAUAAACGCCCAACCAAGACCGAGGAACAGUUUGAUGCCGAGUGGAAGAAGAAGUAUGGCGAGGAGCACGCUGCUCUUAUUCGCAAGACUGUUGACGAGAACAUGGCCGAUUACUUGCACCUCAAGUCAUUUGCCGUGAAGGUCUAG